CAUCAUCCUGCAAUCCCAUCUGCAACACCAGAUCCCCGCCGAAACCACCCACCAUGCUGCUCCUGGACUACCAGAACGUGUUGAUCGAGUCGUUGCUGAACGACAGGCUGUCUGGAGCUCCUCCGGCCUCCAUCGACCAAAUAGCCUCCGACUUCGACGGCGUCACCUUCCACAUCUCCACCCCCGAGGCCAAGACCAAGAUUCUCAUUUCGAUAUCUAUCAAAUGCUUCCCCGAUCUUGUCAAGUACGGAGCUCAGGAGGUGUUGGAGCGCGAAUACGGCCCCUUCAUUGUCGCACCCGAGGCGGGCUACGACUUCUCCGUGCAAGUCGACCUUGAGAAUCUGCCAGCGGAGCAAGAGGCUCGGGACGAAAUAGUCCGCAAGGUCUCGCUGCUGAAGCGUAAUGUGUUGGCUGCGCCCUUUGAACAGGCCUUUGAUGAGUUUGCUGCGCUUUCGGAAGAAGCUUCCAAAUACACCUCCGAAACUGCCCCGCAAGGUGUCCGUGAGGGCGGCGAGGUUCGCGCGAUUAAUUACCGUGACGAGGAGUCCAUCUACAUCAAGGCCGGCCACGACAGAGUUACGGUCAUUUUCAGUACGGUGUUUAAGGAUGAGACGGAUCGCAUCUUCGGAAAGGUCUUCCUUCAGGAGUUUGUUGAUGCGCGUAGGCGGGCAAUCCAGAAUGCGCCGCAGGUGCUCUUCAGGAAUGACCCGCCCUUGGAGCUUCAGAGUGUUCCUGGCAUUGCCAACUCGGGGGCUGGCGAUGUCGGCUAUAUCACAUUCGUUCUCUUCCCAAGGCACCUGACCCUGCAGCGCCGCUAUGAGGUCAUCUCGCACAUCCAGACUUUCCGUGACUACUUCCACUACCACAUCAAGGCCUCGAAGGCUUACAUCCACUCGAGAAUGAGGAGACGCACUGCGGACUUCCUCCAGGCAGUCCUUCGUCGUGCUAGACCCGAGACUGAGGAGCCCAAGGAGAGGAAGACGGCCAGUGGACGCACGUUUAAGCAAUUGAUUGGCACCCAAUCAUGCCCCCUGCCACGUUGCUACGUUGAUCGCUCGGCCGUCGUCGACCACCGCGCUUGUCAAUACUCUUACCACCACGCCUGCGCAACGAUGCGCUGGCCCUGGUCCUCCUCGGACGAUGAAGCAAAGAAAGCCACUGGAAGAUGGAACUACAACAUCAACGCCAUCGACUGGCAGCACUUUAAGGAGCCGCGCAACGUAAUCCCCUCGGUCCUGCUUACCGCGACGACGCUGUUCUUCAUUCGUUUCUACAAAGCGCACCUACGGCGCAUACCGAGCGUCGACCACAUCAAACCUUCGCUGUUUAGACAGAAGAGUCUGUUCGGACAUGUCACGAGCGUGGGGGAUGCAGACAACUUCAGGAUAUUCCAUACGCCCGGAGGCAGACUGUCGGGUUGGGGAUGGUUUCCUGGGAGGAGGGUUCCUACUACGAGGGAGGAAUUGAAUGCAAGGACGAUUCAUAUUCGCAUUGCCGGAGUCGACGCGCCCGAACUCGCACAUUUUGGCCGCCCCGCGCAACCCUACGGCGAAGAGGCCAUGAAAUGGCUCAAAUCGAUGAUCCUCAACCGGCGCGUGCGCGCCUACAUUCACCGUCGCGACCAAUACGACCGCGUUGUUGCCUCCGUCUAUGUACGGCACUGGAUUUUUCGUCGCGAUGUUGGGCUAGAAAUGUUAAAGCAGGGUUUGGCGACUGUAUAUGAGGCCAAGGCAGGCUCAGAGUUCGGCGGACUGGAAAAAGAGUACCGCGCUGCGGAGGCACAUGCAAAACACAGCGGCGUGGGGAUGUGGAAGGAGCCUGGCUUGUUGUCGCGACUGAUCGGCGAGAAGAAGAAGAAGCAGCAGCCAUUGGAGACUCCGAGAGAGUUUAAGACGAGGAUGAAGGCCCUGGAGGAACAGAAGACGAAUCAAGCGAAGAAGCCGUGCGCGACAAAGAAACGGGUCAAGAGCGCAUGAGCAGUCAUGAGGAGCACGAUAACAAUGGUGUUUGUCGGAGAGAUACCCUAGAGUCGAGCAAUGCCAGGACGAUGUAUGUAUAGAGCCAUGGUAUUGAAACGAUGGCGAGCGUAGGUAGGAAUACUACAUACUAUUGCGUGUGUC